UUUUCAGGAAGAAGGUAGCUGGACUCCUUCAACCAGUGGACCAACCCAUUCUAAAUUCUGGGAUAGAAUGAGUAAAUACAUCACACUUCUGAAGGGGAGGGACACAUUCCCAGUAGAACUGAAGUUCUUGACCCAGGAGAGUUCACUGAGGUUCCCUGGGGGAAUCUGAGGAGCCAGGGUCACUCCCUAUCCCUGUCCCCCCCUUUGUGGGGCCCAGUGGUUGGAUCCUUUGUGAGGCAGGCUGAAGGGGGACAGGGGAUUCUGUGGGUCUGUGGUCAGAGUAGGUGGUUAGUCUCAGAGGAAGGAGCCCCCAGGAGCAGGGCCUCCCCACACACCAUGGCCAGCGUGGUGGUGAAGACAAUCUGGCAGUCCAAAGAGAUCCACGAAGCCGGGGACCCCCCAGCGGGGGUCGAAAGUUGCUCUCAGCUGAUCCCAGAGGCCCCUGGGGGGGUGAUCAGCCCAGCCAAGGGGAUCACAAAGAAAAAGAAGGCCGUGUCGUUCCAUGGGGUGGAACCCCGGAUGUCCCAUGAGCCCAUGCACUGGUGUCUGAACCUCAAACGGUCCUCGGCCUGCACCAAUGUGUCACUGCUCAACCUGGCUGCCAUGGAGACCACCGACUCAUCAGGCACAGAUUCCACCACGGAAGACAGCAGUGGCCCUCCUGCACUACUCGGGCCCCCCGCCUCCCCUGCCCCACCCUGGGCUCCAGAUGACCCAGACAUUACGGAAAUACUGAGCGGGGUCAACAAUGGAUUGGUCCGCGCCAAAGACUCUAUCACCAGCUUGAAGGAAAAGACCACCCGGGUUAACCAGCAUGUGCAAUCGUUGCAGAGUGAGUGUUCGGUGCUGAGUGAGAAUCUAGAGAGAAGGCGGCAAGAGGCGGAAGAACUGGAGGGCUACUGUAGCCAACUCAAGGAGAACUGUCGGAAGGUGACCCGGUCGGUGGAAGAUGCUGAAAUCAAAACCAAUGUCCUGAAGCAGAACUCUGCCCUGCUGGAGGAAAAGCUGCGGUAUCUUCAGCAGCAACUGCAGGAUGAAACACCGCGGAGGCAGGAGGCCGAGCUGCAGGAGUUGGAGCAGAAGCUGGAGGCUGGCCUCUCCCGGCACGGCCUGGGCCCCGCCGCCGCGUCCCAGGGGUGCUCGGGCCCGCCAGGAAGUCCCAACGAACCUCCGCGGCCCCGUAGCAUGGCCCCCGGUGGCUGGGGGAUGGGGCCCAGGGCAGGGGAGAGCCCCCUCGCAAGCGAACAAGAGUUGCAGAGAGUCUCCGCGGGCCUAGAGGAAUUGAGGAGGGAUGUGUCCUCGCUGACCGCCCGGUGGCAUCAGGAGGAGGGGGCCGUGCAGGAGGCCCUGCGACUGCUUGGCGGCCUGGGUGGGAGGCUGGACGGCUUCUUGGGCCAGUGGGAGCGGGCGCAGCGUGAGCAGGCGCAGACAGCGCGGGGUCUGCAGGAGCUGCGGGGCAGGGCAGACGAGCUGUGCAACUUGGUGGAGCGGUCAGCAGUGUCUGUGGCUUCACUGAGGAGCGAACUGGAGGGGCUGGGCCCAGUCAAACCGAUUCUGGAGGAGUUGGGGCGGCAACUUCAGAGCUCUCGAAGAGGGUCUGACCUCUCCAUGAACCUGGAUCGGUCCCCCCAAGGCUCCUGUGCCCGCUGUGCCAGCCAGGGGCAGCAGUUGUCCACAGAGUCCCUACAGCAGCUGCUGGAGCGAGCGCUGACCCCAUUAGUCGACGAGGUGAAGCAGAGGGGCCUGGCUCCUGCCUGCCCCAGUUGCCAGAGGCUACACAAGAAGAUUCUGGAGCUGGAGCGCCAGGCCUUGGCCAAACACGUCAGGGCAGAGGCCCUGAGCUCCACCCUUCGGCUGGCCCAAGACGAAGCACUACGGGCCAAGAACCUGCUGCUGACGGACAAGAUGAAGCCGGAGGAGAAGGUGGCCGCUCUGGAUUAUCUACACUUGAAGAUGUGCUCCAUCCAUGAUCAACUCAGCAACCUGCCACUUGAGGGGUCCACGGGGACGAUGGGAGGAAGUAGUGGGGGAACUCCCCCAAAACGUGGGGGCUCAGCCCCUGAACAAUAAAUGGCCCCUCAUGCUGGCAUGAAUUCCGUUUCCUUUUUGCCACCAAACAAGGGCUUGCAAGUGCUGUGAAUUGAACAUACACCUUGCGCCAGCCUAUGUGCACACUAUCAUUAAUCCUCAGCUAACAGGAUGCGAAGGAGUCCUGGUUAAGAGCUUCGUUGUUAACUGAAAGGUUGG